UCUGUUUUCAACAGAUGUAAGAGAGAUGCCGGAGGCGGCAGAUCGUAUCUGUUGUGAUCUCUCGGGCCAUGGUGGCACUUGCCUGCGGGUGGACCCUGAAUGCAAACUGCUGACGCAGACGGCCACUGUGGUAGCCGUCGGCAUGCUGUACCACGGCGAGCGCGCCGCCACCAACCUGAACCUGGACCAAGCGGAGGCGCUCAACCGGGCCAUGCGCUGGCACGCGUACCGCAACUUUAUCCUGUGGUGGUGGGGUUCACUCGGCCGUGUCAACCGGCAACGCAUGCCGUCCUGCGUGCUGUGGGCCAUCCGGGACGCCUUCCCAAGCCCCACGGGCCAGUACGUCGGCUUCCGCGACGUCCUCCAGGGACUCUAAGGACACCCACGGCGGCCAACACCCGGUGCGCAGCAGCACCGCUUUAACCGCCCCUUGUUCGU